AUGGCUUCCUUUCUAUCCAAUUCUGUCAGGUCACUGGUCCGCAAGGUCCCCAAUACCGCUACAGCGCAAGCUACUCGGUCUGUUACCACUCUUCAAGAGACUCUCAUGGCCCAAGUCCCAGGAAAGCAAGCUGAGUUGGCCAAAUUGAAGAAGGAACACGGCAGCCAUGUGAUUGGCGAAGUCACGAUCGACCAAUGUAUUGGUGGAGCACGUGGCAUCAAGGCAAUGUUGUGGGAAACUUCCAACUUGGAUCCAGAAGAGGGUAUUCGAUUCCGUGGCUUGACCAUUCCUGAUUGCCAAGCCGUUCUUCCUACUUAUUCUGGAGUCAAAGGCGAUGGCGAGCCUCUUUUGGAGUCUCUUCUGUGGUUGUUGUUGACCUCGGAAGUCCCAACCAAGGAACAAGUUGACAGUUUGACUGCUGAAUUGCACUCUCGUGCUGAACUCCCAGCUCACGUCAUUCCAUUGCUGAACUCCCUUCCCAAGGACAUGCACCCCAUGACACAAUUUUCCAUUGGUCUCAACGCUUGUCAAACGGAAUCCGUUUUCGCCAAGGCCUACAAUGAUGGUGUCCCCAAGACUGACUACCACGAAUACGUCUUGGAGGAUAUCCUCAGUGUCAUUGCCAAAUUGCCAGAAAUUGCUGCCAUUAUCUACCGCAAUGUCUACCACGACGGUGUCGUCAACAAGGACACUUCCUUGGAUUAUUCGGGAAACUUUUGCCGCAUGUUGGGUUACGACAAUCCUUCCUUUGAUGAACUCAUGCGUUUGUAUUUGUGCAUCCACACGGAUCAUGAGGGAGGAAACGCUUCGGCCCACACUACUCACUUGGUCGGAUCCACCUUGAGUGACCCCUACAUUUCCUACGCUGCUGGUUUGAAUGCCUUGGCAGGACCCCUUCACGGUUUGGCCAACCAAGAAGUUCUUCGAUGGAUCCAAGCUCUCAAGGACAAGUUUGAUGCUGAAGGCAAGGCCGUCAACGAAGAAACCAUUACCGAAUUUGCCUGGGAGACUUUGAACGCCAAGAAGGUCAUUCCUGGAUACGGACAUGCCGUCUUGAGAAAGACUGAUCCUCGUUACACUUGCCAACGGGAAUUUGCAUUGAAGCACAUGCCCGAUGACGAACUCUUCAAGGUCGUCGAAACCAUCUACCAAGUCAUGCCUGGUAUUUUGAAGGAACACGGAAAGGUUGCCAACCCUUACCCCAAUGUUGAUUCUCAUUCCGGUGUCUUGCUCUGGCAUUAUGGAUUCACCCAGUACCAAUACUACACUGUUCUGUUCGGAGUCAGUCGUGCUGUUGGUGGACUCUGCCAAUUGUACUGGGACCGUGCUUUGGGACUUCCUUUGGAACGCCCCAAGUCUGUCACUCCUGAAUGGUUGUGGUCGCAAGUCAAGAAGUAA